UCAUCAUUUCCUCCGUAUCUCUCCUAUUAUCUCUGCUCUCUUCUCUGGCGCGAUACAUACGCUCUGCCUCCUUGCUAGCUGGCCGAGCCGUAAUUGUUUUCUCUUUCGAAGGAGACUCCGAUAAACCGCCAUCAUCCACAUACCAGCUAAGCUCCAACGAUACGAUAAUCACAAUGACCCCCCAACAGACACCAGCCAACAACACAGGGACUGCUUCGAGCGCCACACAGGAUUUGCUCAGCAGCUUCUACAACAUCGACAACCUAGUCACUGUCAACAUCACUCUCCCAGACGCAACUUGGCAAACCAUAAAGAACGCCAGACCGCGCGGCGAGUUUGGCUAUAUCGGACCGCCGGGGCGCUAUGACUGGUACCAAGCCACCUCUGUCACAAUAUCCGGCACCAAGGUUGCGACACAAGGCACCACCUUUUCCAACGUGGGCAUCAUCAAGAAGUCAUUUGCCGGAUCUUUCAGCACUACGAAGCCAUCGCUUCGCCUUGACUUUACGAAGUACGACGACAACGAGACGGCCAUCGAAGCGUUGAUUGGGACGAAAAGCCUGAUCUUGAACAACUCGAUCCAGGAUCCUGCGUACAUCCGGCAGCCGCUUGGCUAUGAGCUUUUCCGACAAGCAGGCGUGCCCAACUUUCGCUGCAACUUCGCAAAGGUCAUUGUCAAUGGCACCAACAUGGGGGUAUACGUGAACCUCGAGCCUUUGAAGAAGCGCUUCAUGGAGAAGCAAUUCGCGGGCAACGACAAGGGAAAUGCCUAUGAGAUCGAGCUUGAUCAGGAUCUCAACGCUGCCACGCUUGACUCGGGCCAUAUGAGCUUCGAAGGCUUCUCGAAGUACGAUGACAAGAAGGACGUCAGACUCGUUUCCGGGCAGAUUGUAUCUGGAGGCUUGGCCGCUGCGCAGCAAGUCGUAGACCUCGAUGCGUUCAUUCGGUUCUUCGCGAUGGAGUCGCUGUUGAAGCACUGGGAUGGUUACACGCAACAGACCAAUAACACGUACGUCUACAACGACAAGAAGGCUGUGGCCAACCCAACCGUCGCCGAUGUUAAGCUCAAGUUCAUUCCCUCGGGUAUCGAUCAGAUCAUGCAAGAGGACCGGCCGUUUCGUCUUGGGAACAAGGCGGUGCUUGCUCAGCUUGUCAACUCUGAUGCCACCGCCAAGGCGAAGUUGUUUACGCAAAUCCGCGCGUAUGCAAACACGAUCUUCAGCACGACUAAUCAAGACACUGUCUUGAAACCACUCGUAGACCGUAUUGUGGCUGUUCUGAUGAGCGCGGGGGCCAAUUCCACUGAUGUUGCGGGACCCAUCGACGUUGUUAGGAAGCAACUCAAGCUGGUGAGGGGAGGGGCCUUUCAACUCAUUGGAGAGAAGGAGACGUAGUGUGCAGACGAGGAAUCGAAGUCGGGAGGAAUUCUUGUGGACGAAGAAGGUGCUUGAGACGAGCUGACGUGCUGGUCGAAGAUUGAGGUCGUUCUUUCUUGCUUAAUAAACUAGCACGUGACGUACUGAUGAACUGAUGAAUCCACAUUUCCAUUUCCUCUUCAGCUCUAGUUGAGCGUAUUCGGCUGAAGCCAACGUCGAGCUUAGUAGCAUUC